GUGGGCUCCCAAAAGUCCCUGGGACAGUCAUGGAGCACACGCCGCUCUGUGGGGCAGACCUGCUGGGAGUUUCCUGGUGGUCCAAGACUCUUCGUCUCAAGACCAGCUUCUGUGUGUGUCUGUGGGGGACAGAGGGGAGCCGGUCAAAGAAUUCCCUAUCUUAAGCACUGGAACAGCUCUUCACUUGACGGCAUCACACCUGGCUUUCCCUGAUCUCUUUCAACUGCUGCACUUCUACACAGUGAGCAGGGAUGUUUUGCCUGUCUGUUUAUUGGUUCCCGCAUGGGUUUACACCCUUAACAGUCUAUCAGAUCAUCUUGUUCCUCUGCUUGGUCCAAAGACCUGGCUGUGCCCCUCUUCAGAUCCGCUGAUUAGCAGUAUGACUCCAGAAACACAAGAUAUAGCAGAAACGCCAGAAACAAUCAUGUGCACUAUACAGGUUACAGCUGCCAGUGGUGCCGUGUGCUUCAUUAAUCCCUUGUACCUUCAAGAGCAUGGUGAUGAUUGGCUUACUCAUUCUUCAGCCAGCACAGUCAAUCUUCCAAUGAACUUGAGGCGAGACAAACGGUUAAGUACCACGAGAGCAUGGGCAGGAAGAGGACUCAAACAGAGGUCAUCUACACUAUCUGAUGACAACUCUAGCAGCUUUGACCAUGACAGAGGAUCAUUUGAGAAGAAUCCAGACUCUCCAGCUACCCCAGGUGGAGUUGUGCUUCGAAGGGCGAGUGGCACCAGCAAGGAAGACCCCCUAAAAAGAGCAAGUGUUGACUCCAUUCAAAGCCCUCUCCCUCAGUCACCACACCGUGUGUCGUGGAUAGAAGACAAGAUAUGGCUGAACUCAUCACUUCCUUCCUCUCUGCUUCAACCGCCCGGCUUAGAGCUGGACUCGCUGUCAAUCAGCAGUAUAGAGGAGGAGUCUGAACCAGCUUUAAGCCCCUCCCCAUCCCUGCCUUCGCCCCGCUUCCAGCUGGCAGAUAAGAUGAAGAACCGCCUCUCUGCCGUGGGUCAGGCUCUAGGUGGACUUGUGUCGCCACAGCGGAGACUGAGUAAACGUGUUCAGGAGAUGGCGGAACGGAAGGGUGGGGCUUUUGCAGAGGCUGUCAGGGGAUUUGUUGUGCUAACUCUUGCAAGCGGCGUCAGUUCUGGAGUGACCUGCACAGAGUUGCUGCAGGAAGUGCGUUCGUCUCUCACUGCUCUGAGGGGAACUCUGUUUGAUUGUCCAGAGAUCCAAAGCAUCACAGACAGCGUCGGAGACACUCCGGAUUUUGAGCUGGAUGCUAUGCUGGAGCUUGCAUUACAUAAAGUAGCUCUGAAGCCAGUUUACUCUCACCUUUACGUAUAUCUAAAGACAGCACGCAGGGAUGAUGGCACUCUGCAGCGUUUAGAGGCCAACAAGAGCACCCUGGAGAACCGUAGCCUGGAGGAGCUGGAGGGCGCAGCAGGGGCCGGGGUACCUGAUUCCAGCAUGAUGGAAAAGAUCCAGCAACGCUGGACCACAAUGCAUGAGGCCUAUUCGCCCAGUAAAAAAGUUGACACCCUACUCAAAGUUUGCAAGAAUAUCUACCAUAGUAUGAAUGCUAAUGCCAAGCCUGGUACGGUCUUCGGGGCAGAUGACUUCCUGCCAUGCCUGACAUGGGUGUUGCUGCGUAGUGAUGUAGCUACACUUCAGGUUGACACUGACUAUAUGAUGGAGCUGCUAGACCCCAUGCAACUACAAGGAGAGGGUGGGUACUACCUUACGUCUCUCUACGCUGCCCUUUUUUACAUCAGCAGCUUCCGGCCUCGUCUAGCGAAGCGGCAACUUAGCGCAGAAGCACACAGAUCUCUCAGCCAAUGGCACCGCAGACGCACACUGCACUGCAACCAAUCACGCCGCAGCAGAAAUCGAAGGACCAUCAGGAGACACGGGCCAGCAGGUGGAAGCCGUAGAACAUCAGACGAACAGAACUCUUUGAAUGCGAGCACAGAGUCCAGCGGUCUGACUGACGUCAUGCCAGCCUCCUCUAACAUGCAAGAAACUCUCCAUGGUUUGGAUGAAGAGUUAGAGGCGGUAAAGAAAGAAGAGGAGGGACGACAAAUACAGUCUAAAGAGACAUUGCACCUCACCAGUUCUAAAACAGAAGAUAAAGUGGGAGGUGAUGGAGUAAGCUGGAAAGAAGAUAACUAAAAUUAGGAAUGAGGAAAUUGGUUAACUUUGAACUUAAUAGAGAUGCUUGUGAAGGCGAAGCCUGUUACUCAAAUUUAAAUUUCACCUCAAAUCAUGCAACGUAAUAAGAAUUCAUGCUGUCAUUACUCUAAGCAAUCAGAUUUCUGAUUUUCACUUGUUAGAUGAUAAAAUGAGUGGGGGAAAAAACACCCUGGCAACCAUCCACAAUACCCUAACAUCAUGGUUGUGGCUGUUGCAUUAGCACUCACAUUUUCUUCAGAAUUAUCUAAAUUAAAAAUAUCGUAUUUUUAUCAUAUCAUUUUCAAAUACAUGCUGUACUUUGCUUGACAUGGGCCAGUAUGCAGCACCUCUAGCAACCACUGUAGCAGGGUUAUGCAAAAUUAAAUUAAGAAUGCCUUUUGAGUGAAUAUGAAUUGAAUUUAAACUGCUGUAAGUAGUUUCUAAAAAUAGGUUUCAUUUUUCACCAUGAAUUACUCGUGCACUUGUUAUCUCACAACACAUUUUCUAUAUACAGAAUAUUGCUUUAUAUUUAAUAAAUUAACUUUCAAUUGAA